UUUGCAGUUAUCAUUCCUCUCAAAGAACCACUGCCUUCUUCCGCCUGUGCUAAUACUCAGUCCCAACAAUGGAGAUGUCGAAGAAGGCGCUGGUGCUACUCACUCUCUUCUGCUGCGUCGUCGUCGCGGCCAGCUCCGCCGAGUUGUUCGUCGGCGGGAAGGAAGGGUGGACGGUUCCCAAGUCCAAAGACGAACAGCACCACUUCUUCAACGACUGGGCUUCCACCAACCGCUUCCGCGUCAAUGACACCCUCCGCUUCAAGUACAAGAAGGACUCGGUGAUGGUGGUGAAGGAAGAGGAAGAGUACAACAAGUGCAGAUCAUCACACCCUCUCUUCUUCUCCAACAACGGCGAUACUUCUUUUCGCCUCGACCGCCCCGGUCUGUUCUACUUCAUCAGUGGAGUCACCGGACACUGUGACCAUGGCCUGAAGAUGAUCAUCAAAGUCCUCGACGUUGAAGACGACUCCACGCCCCUUCCAACUCCACCACCUUCCGAUGAUCAUCCCAAUCACAAGUCCUCUGCCGCUGCUUCACCAUACUCUGCCACCGUCGCUGCUGCUGCUGCCCUGCCUCUGCUCGCCCUUUCACUCUUCCUUUAGCAACAAUGUUUAGAUAGCUUGGGUUGAAAUUGUAGUUUGUGUAGCUUGUUAUUCUGUUUCAGUUUCGAUUUAGAGCAAGGGACUAGGAGAAACAAUGGC